AUGUCGUCAAACAAGAUGCUUUGCAAUAGGCUGGCUCCCUUGCUUCUUGCUAGAAUACUCAGAGCUUCUCCUACGAACACAAAGACAAUUAAGCCAACAAUUCCACUCAUUGAAAAGCAUUGGUGCACCAAGAGAAUUGCUUUUAUGUUAUUAGAUACUGGUAUCGAGACAACUGCCGAAGAGAUUUCACUGUUGGGUUCAUCUCUUCAUAGUCCUCAUAUUCUAACUGUCCAACAAGCGCAAAUGACAGUUACCACUGAUCAAAUACUCGUUUCUAUGGAUUUGAAUGUUCAGUCUCCAAUGCUCUCCAACAAUAUGCUUGAAUCGACGGAGGCAGCAGCUAUACCACCACCGUGUACCUCUGACAACAAGAUUCAAGUACUCUCCUUUGAAUUUAUGAUUCCGGAUGGCGAAAAUUCACUCAAACCUGAAUCAGAGGAAGAUAUCGGAGCUACUUCACUUACAGAAGAACAGUGUUGUCCAUCAGCUUUCAUUGAUAUUCCGCCUUACAAGGGCUCAAUGCAACACUUGAAUAUGCUUGAGUUCAACACUGAAGGCAGGGCAAUUGGAGAAAGCUUAGAAAAUUCAACCAAGUACACGCAGAAAUGUGUGGAAUAUCACUAUGAGUCUUACGAGAAGCAGAACUUAAUUUUGGAGAAUUCAAUGUGUAAUGAGUCCUUCCCUGAAGAUGGGUGUUGCUUCACAAGAUUCCUCGAUUUUCCCACAGAAAUCCAGUGUCUGACCUGGAAUUUUUCCAUGGAAGAGGAUCGCAUUAUUGAAGUCCACAUCACAAAGCGUUGUUUGACGUGGAUGAUUGUUUAUGCAUUUACCGAUGCCAAGAAUCCAGCAAUUCUCAGCGUCUGCCGGGUAGCAAGAGAGCAAGGAUUAAAACAAUACAAAGCAUUAUCUGUCGAGAAUUCCUGGAGAAGAGACAAGAAGAUAUAUGAUGACAGACAACAACUCCUAGGACUUCCAUCCGACUUCGUCGGUUCUGGGGCUGCGACGACAAAUUCAAAUGCUACGUCAACUAUGACCGGGAUACCAUUUCUAUCAACAGCAGCCAUUUCAGAAUCUACAGCGAUGCUUUGGACGUUGGGCACAAUACUUGGCGCGAGGCCUUCGGAUACCAAUUUCUAA